CUUGCACUCAUAGAAGGUACAUAGGUGUAGGCUACAUUCAUCCGAGCAAUCGGCGGCGUGCAUAGGUGUGGUGUAGCAGCGAUGGCUCCGCGGCGACCGAGCAUGGGGCGGCAGAAGAUCGAGAUCCGGCGCAUCGAGAGCGACGAGGCGCGGCAGGUGUGCUUCUCCAAGCGACGCGCGGGGCUCUUCAAGAAGGCUAGCGAGCUCUCCAUCCUCUGCGGCGCAGAGGUCGCCGCUGUCGUCUUCUCCCCCGCCGGCAAGGCCUUCUCCUUCGGCCACCCCUCCGUCGAGUCCAUCCUCGACCGCUUCCUCGCCUCCUCCCCUGAUGCAGGUGCCGGCCUCUCCUCCGCCGGGGACCGGGCGGUCUCCGAGCUGAACCGCCAGCACGGCGAGCUGCGCGCGCAGCUGGAGGCGGAGAAGACGCGGCAGGAGCGCGCGGACGAGACGAUGCGGAAGGAGCGCGCGGCGAGGAGCCCCGCGAUGGCGUGGAUCGACGCGGAGGUGUGCGCCAUGGGCCAUGACGACCUGGCUGCGUUCGGAGCCGCACUAAUGGGCGUGCAGGCCGCGGUGGCGGCGAGCGCCGACCAGCUACUGCGUGACGCGCUGCUCGUCGGCCGCAGGGGGCGUCCAGCGGCCCAACUUGCCGGUGGUGCCUUCGACGUCGGUGCGUUCGGUGUCGGCGUGCAGUCCACUCCGGGAUUCGCCGGAGUCGACCUGCAGGGGUUCGGGCACGCCAUCCUCGGCCCCUCCUUCUAA